AUGUCGCUCAGCACUCUCCAACCCCUACCUCCCCCUCUCUCCCAAGCCUGCCUCGUACGCUGUGACCAUCCUCUCCCAUUCUGGGACUGCCUAGCGCGCAUCAUCGCCCGCUGCCUCCACCGUCGCUUCCCAAACGCGCCUGAAGACGUCCUCCUCCUCACCGCCCUACUCGCCCUCUCUCUCGGCUGGGACAUUCCCCACACCCCGAGCAACAUCGUCCUCCCAGGUGCCCGCCUCGUACGCGCCUUCGCUCCUGAUCUUGAGCUGCAAGCCACAGUAAUCCGCCCCCUCGCCCACGAUGGGACCACCGCCAUCUUCGCCUGCGCCCUCACCAGCGUAGUCUGCGGCCCCUCUACCAUCCACAUACCACCGCGCAUGCUCCUCCUUAAAACAUUCCACCCAGCGCACGCCAAGUUCGCGGGAUGCGACCCUGAAUGCGACUGCUCUGUGCGCUGUGCGGGCAUCGACCGACAAAUCCUGGCGGCUGCUAGACACCAACUCACUGACUGCCCGGCGCCCUUAUCUCUCACGACCGCCCGGCUCCUCCCGCUCAUCGACGCCGCGCUGAACUGUGGCCGCGCACCCAGCCAAUUUGUCUGCGCCUUCUCCCAACUACCCGGGACGCGCUUCCUUGGCUUCCCCAGCAUCACAACGCGCGACCCACCGCCGCCGCUGCUGGCGACAAUCAUCGAAAACCCCCUAUGCGCGUUCCCGCCCGGUCACCUCGAGUGCCGAUGCCCGCCAACUGCGAUAGGAGCGUGCGAGGCCUUAGACGACGAUUACUUCGGUAUCGUUGAUGACGCCGAAGGGGAGGUGCUCGAGCCUGAUAUUGAAUGGACCUUUGUUUAA